GAAACAUUUAGGGUGGCCAUCAGCCGAUUAUUUGAACGAUACAUAGCAAGAGACAGGCAUGACAAUUGCGAACUUGAAAAAUAGUGUAAAGACACUCCGAGUUCUACAACAAGCCAAGUGUGGAUUUCGAGAUAUAGGAGAGUUUAGUGUGCAACUAACGUUGGAAAAGGGAUCCCGGCUGCGAAUCAGUCGAGUUCCAUUCACUUGGGAUCACAUAAAACUGCCAAUGCCGAUAUUGUGGGCCGAUUAACUACAGAACUACAGAUAUUAUCACAAAUCGUCAUAAUCCUUUACAAUAUCAAGUUUCUGUUUAUUAGUAUCUGGAUUCACUUCUAUUAAGUUCAUUGUUAUAGCGGUACGCUGUGGGCAACCCGCUGGUUUACCUGAUGUAUGGCGACGCAUUGCUCUAUCGUCUUAACUUGCGACAGAGUCAUUCCUGACUACUAAGUCGCCAUUGAUGAGUUACGGCAAUCAGAAGACCUGGUUAGGUACGCAUUUAUCAACAUGAUUGAGCUUGGACGAGAUGACUACGAUGUCUUCGCCAACCAAGUCCUAUGGUCUCUCUUUGCAAUCGCAACAAUCAUAGUCGGACUGAGGAUCAUAUGUCGUCUGCGUUUCGGGACGUAUCAGCGGGCGGGGCUCGGCUUGGACGACUACAUCACCGUAUUCUGUCUCGUCCUCAGUCUUGUCGUGUGCAUUCUUGUCACAAUAGCAACGGACUUUGGCCUCGGGAAGCAUGCAUACGAUUUAAGCCACUACGAAAAAACGAAUGCCCUUAAAUAUAAUGCUAUCAUCAAUGCGGUCUUAAUAUGGCAGUUUUCGCUACCGAAGUUUGCUAUCAUCGCUAUUCUAAAACGAAUUCUUAAUUACGGCAUAAAGACGGCGGUUCUAUUCUGGGCACUUGGAAUCACCUCUCAAGCAUGCGUCUUAGCUGUAUCGAUCUGGUGGUUUAGACAAUGCGAUCCUGUCGAGUUUGGAUGGGAUAAAACCAUUGCUGGGGGAACUUGCGCAGAUAUCAGAAUUAUGUCAAGGCUCGCAUAUUUCACGUCGGCCUAUUCGGCUUUCUUGGAUAUCUUCUUCGCAUUCUAUCCAAUCCCUUUCGUUAUGCGCUUAAACAUGCCACUUCGAAGUCGCAUCGCUGUCGUCGGAGCUCUAAGCUUAAGCUCCCUAGCAUUCGUUGUAUCAGUUAUCAAAAUAUCUGCCCUUGGAGAAGCCUUUGCUAUAUCUACAACGGAUCCCACCUAUCCUGUCCCUUACCUUGAUAUCUUGGGCAUGUCGGAAGGGUAUAUUCUAAUAAUUUGCUCCUCGCUCCCAACUCUCGGUCCCCUCUUCAGGGCAGCCAGGGGGAAAAUAUCGAGUCGCGGCGCUAGUACUAAUGAGUCUGGAGCGAACGUUGGUUCUAGCCUACAUAGCCUACACAAGAGUUUCGGUCGUUCGAAAAAUCAAAGACCUACGAAUGAGAUCAGACGGUCGAUUGGAGGGAACUCAUCCAGUGCUGAUGAAAUACCACUGGUAACAUUACCUAUGCCGCUAUCAUCCAUUGCGAUUAAAAAGACCGUAGAAAUAUCAUUAACUACGGAAGAGAUUAAACCCGAGUCUUUAACUCGGUCACAUGGGGAUAGAACAUUUCGAUAAAUAAUAUAGUAAAAGUACAAUCUAUGUUCCGUCCUUACCUAAUUCAUGUAAUAGCUCUUCUAAGGCGUCUGACGGAAGUCAUAGCUCGUAAUAACUUGAUCUCUUCUGUAUACAAGUAUCUCUAUACUACUUAUAUUUCGUCUAAUAGCUAGGUUAGGUUAGGUACUUUUCUAUAUCAUAUCAUAGAAAAACUGUGAUAUGUUUGUGUUAGAUCUAAAUCAUUAAACCAUAGUUAUUAUAACCAGAC